GCGGGUGAGCGGUGGAGGCCGGCCUGGCGGCGGCCAUGGACCGCUUCGUGUGGACCAGCGGCCUCCUGGAAAUCAACGAGACCCUGGUGAUCCAGCAGCGCGGGGUGCGCAUCUACGACGGCGAGGAGAAGAUAAAAUUCGAUGCUGGGACACUUCUUCUUAGUACACAUCGACUGAUUUGGAGAGAUCAUAAAAAUCAUGAGUGCUGCAUGGCCAUUCCUCUUUCCCAAAUCGUGUUGAUUGAAGAACAGGCAGCUGGAAUUGGAAAGAGUGCCAAAAUAGUGGUUCAUCUUCACACAGCUCCUCCCAACAAAGAACCUGGCCCAUUCCAGAGUAGUAGGAACUCCUACAUCAAACUCUCCUUCAAAGAACAUGGCCAGAUUGAGUUUUACAGGCGUUUAUCAGAGGAAAUGACACAGAGAAGAUGGGAGAAUGUGCCAGUUUCCCAGUCAUUGCAAACACAUAGAGGAUCCCAGCCAGGAAGAAUAAGGGCUGUAGGAAUCGUGGGUAUUGAAAGGAAACUGGAAGAAAAAAGAAAAGAAACUGACAAAAACAUUUCUGAGGCCUUUGAAGACCUCAGCAAGCUAAUGAUCAAGGCUAAGGAAAUGGUGGAGUUAUCAAAAUCAAUUGCUAAUAAAAUUAAAGACAAACAAGGUGACAUCACAGAAGAUGAGACCAUCAGGUUUAAAUCCUACUUGCUGAGCAUGGGAAUAGCUAACCCAGUUACCAGGGAAACCUAUGGCUCGGGCACACAGUACCACAUGCAGCUGGCCAAACAGCUGGCUGGAAUAUUGCAGGUGCCAUUAGAGGAACGAGGGGGAAUAAUGUCACUGACGGAGGUGUACUGUUUAGUAAACCGAGCUCGAGGAAUGGAACUGCUCUCACCAGAAGAUUUAGUGAAUGCCUGCAAGAUGCUGGAAGCACUGAAAUUACCUCUCAGGCUCCGAGUUUUUGACAGUGGCGUCAUGGUGAUCGAGCUUCAGUCCCACAAGGAAGAGGAAAUGGUGGCCUCAGCCCUGGAGACAGUUUCAGAAAAGGGAUCCCUAACAUCAGAAGAGUUUGCUAAGCUUGUGGGAAUGUCUGUCCUCCUGGCCAAAGAAAGGUUGCUGCUUGCAGAGAAGAUGGGCCAUCUUUGCCGAGAUGACUCAGUGGAAGGCUUGCGUUUUUACCCAAAUUUAUUUAUGACACAGAGCUAAGGGUUUUAUAUUUGAAAUCCUUUUUGUCCAUGUGCUUGCAUCAUGUAGAGGCUAUAUGACAUUGAACUAAGAGACAAACCCUGAUCACCUGAGAAUUUAUUGGAACUUCACAGUAGAAUAUAAAACUUUCUUAAUUUCUCCCUAAAUAUUAUGAUCCAGGAAGCUUAUUUAGGAUACAUAUAGGAAAAUACAGAAAAAUGAAUGCCAAUAUGAAUUUAAACUCAUGCCAUAGCUGUGCAGAACCCUCAGAGUUUAACUUGAAAUAUGGUAGAUUUUAACUUGAUCCUCAAAUCUAACCAUUCUAUAAA